CCUGGUGAAGUUGGUUUUGUCACUAAUUAUUAAAAGCUGCACAAAUGGGAAUGGGAGGGAGGAGUUAUCCACAACAUGACUGAAGGUGGGGAUGAAGAGGUUCGUGGGGGCAGAUCUGUUCAGUUGCUAGUGUAUCUAAACACCCGCAAGAUAUUCCCUCCCAGGACUGAGAGUGGAAAUGGUACCAUGGACAGCGGCAGAGUCGCCAGCAGCGUUUUUCAACAGGAUUCUCUGAUCUUUGUGCCACUGGGAACUUAUGAGAAUACAGUCUGAAGCCCCACCUUAUGAAGUAAAACAGGUUUAUACCCAUCAAGGAAAAUGCCAGUGCUAAAGAAGUCCAACUUGGGAAAAACAGAAGGCAAAAGCUGUGAAGAUGCAGAGGUGCUGCCAAAGCUCCCUGUGCCUCCUCUUAAGCAAACUAUGGACAUGUAUCUCAGGUGCAUGAGACACUUGGUAACAGAGGAACAGUACAAGAAAAGUAAGGCCAUAGUAGAUAUAUUUAUGAUGCCAGGGGGCAUGGGUGAAACAUUACAGGAAAAACUGUUAGAGAGAAGAGAAAACAUGGAAAGCUGGGUACAUCAAUACUGGCUGGAUGAUAUGUAUUUGAACAAUCGUUUGCCUCUUCCAGUAAAUUCCAGUCCAGCCGUUAUAUUUGCUAGACAUAACUUUAAGGAUACCAAUGACCAGUUGAGGUUUACUGCCAACCUUAUCUCUGGAGUGCUGGAUUACAAAACCAUGCUGGAUUCGCAAGCCCUGCCUGUUGAUUAUGCUCGCGGUCAGCUAUCGGGACAACCUAUGUGUAUGAAACAGUACUAUGGUCUCUUCUCUUCAUACCGCCUUCCAGGAACCAUCAAAGAUACAUUAGUGGCACAGGAAAGCAGCAUCAUGCCUGAGCCUGAGCACAUUAUUGUUGCAUGUAAUAAUCAGUUCUUUGUUCUAGAUGUUGUAAUUAAUUUUCGUCGUCUUAGUGAGGGAGAUUUGUUCACCCAGCUGUGUAAAAUUGACAGAAUGGCAAAGAAUGAAGAAGAAAUGCUUCCUCCCAUCGGCAUAUUAACAUCAGAUGGACGAGCUGAGUGGGCCCGUGCACGAGAAAUUCUAAUGAAAGAUUCAACAAACCGCGAUUCUUUGGAUAUGAUUGAACGGUGCAUGUGCAUAGUGUGUUUGGAUGCUCCAACGAAGUUAGAUCUUGAUGAUACCAACAGGGCUUUGCAGUUACUUCAUGGAGGGGGCAUUGGUAGAAAUGGAGGCAACCGAUGGUACGAUAAGCCCAUGCAGUUUGUCGUGGGAAGUGAUGGGAUCUGUGGUACAAUUUGUGAGCAUUCUCCAUUUGAUGGAAUCGUCCUUGUACAAUGUACUGAGCACCUCCUUAAAUACAUGAAAAAUAGUCCCAAGAAAUUAGUGAGAGCAGAUUCAGUUAGUGAGUUACCAGCUCCAAGAAGACUUCGGUGGAAAUGUUCUCCAGAAAUUCAGGGGCACUUAGAAUCCUCAGCACACAAACUCCAAAGAGUUGUGAACAAUCUUGAUUUCACUGUUUAUAAGUUUAAGAAGUACGGAAAAGAGUUUAUCAAGAAACAAAGAAUGAGCCCUGAUGCUUUCAUUCAAGUAGCACUUCAACUUGCAUUUUACAGCUGUCACAGAAAACUUGUGCCAACCUAUGAGAGCGCAUCUAUUCGACGAUUUCAAAUGGGUCGUGUUGACAACAUAAGGUCAUCAACUGCAGAGGCGCUAGCAUUUGUAAAAGCAAUGGUUGAUGACAAAACAACAACGGAUAUAGAAAAGAUGGAGUACCUGAGAUCAGCAAUAAAGUCUCAGACAGAAUAUACAAUUCAAGCCAUUACUGGAAUGGCAAUAGACAACCAUUUACUCGCACUAAGGGAGUUAGCACAAGAGCAUUUCAAGGAACUGCCUGAGCUCUUUAGAGAUGAGAUGUACUUAACUAGCAAUCGAUUCGUCCUCUCUACCAGUCAAGUUCCAACAACAAUGGAAAUGUUCUGCUGCUAUGGUCCUGUUGUCCCAAAUGGGUAUGGAUGUUGUUAUAAUCCACAGCCGGAACACAUCCUCUUCUGUGUCUCAAGCUUUAAUGACUGCAAAGAUACAUCCUCAACAAAAUUUGCCACAGCUGUAGAAGAAAGUCUCCUUGCCAUAGGAGACUUAUGCUUCAAGGUUAACCAUGAGAUCCAAACACCAGUUAAGGAGAAAAAGGCACAAAAUGGGCACAAGCCUUAGCUGUUUUGUUUUGCUAUGCAAAAAUAUAGGCAAUAGAGUCAAAGUAUUUUCUUUAAUUAUUUUUUUGUGACAGUUAUUUUUACAUAUAUUCAGACUAAUGUGCAGAUGCCAGAUUUUAGGAAAACAAACCAAUCAGUAAUUAACAACCACCAGGACAAUUUGUUUAUUUUAUAUAAAGCAUAUACCAAAUUUUUAAUUUAAAAAAUCAGAUUAUUUAAGAAAAAAUUCAUAUUCAUGUUUGUGUGGCAUUGGAUUCUCCUGUAAUUUAAUAUAUGACUACAGAUAAUUAGACUAUCAUAGCAGAAGUAUGUGAUCUGCACCUGUGACCAGAAGAGGAAAGUGGUCAUAGGGUUGAUUUUAGAAAUAAAAAUAAUUUAAUUAUACAGUACAUGAUCUACAAGAGGAAAAAUUCCUUUACUAUUCUAAGGCAAGCAUAAUGUACUUUUCUAGGGCUAACAUAAUUUAUGUAGAAAACUAAAGCAAAGUCGCGUUAAAAUAAAUAAGCAACUAUAUUUUGUUGUGGUCUUUAAUAACAAAAAAUGUAUUUACACAAUGCAGUAAUAACAAAGUCCUACAUCUAAGGCUAAAGACACAAAAAGUGUUUUGUUACCAAAACAAAAUCACUUUUCAGGUAGGCUACAUAACACCCUGUGUGCGAUCACAAAAAAGUGCCAAUAAAAGAUGUUUAUGUAUACAGGAAAAAAUAAAUAGUAUAGUAAUAGCAUUUAAUUAAUAUUUAGCAUUUUUAAUACAACUAGUUCUUUAAUUCAGUAUUACUAAGAAAUGAAUGCUAAAAAAUCAUUACCAUUAAUUUCUUAUAUGCAGUGUAUACUAAAUAUACUGGGUAAUAUGGAUAGAAAAUGAAUGGCCGUGCUCGAAACCAAAGGUGCUGCAGACACUGUUUAUUAGAGGAUAUAGUACAGCAGAUAAUGAUUAAUACUACUACCCAUAUGUGUAUACAUACAUUUUACAGUCACCUUCUUAUGAUCAAAAAAGUAACACAGAAUUCCUCUUGGCUAAUACUCUCAUGAGACUAACAACAAUUAAUUAAAGGGGAACGCCACAAAAACAUAACUUGAGCUUUUUGAAAAGUAAACAUAAUUUCAAGCAACUUUGC